AUGCCUGUGACCGAUUUCAAGCACGCCGAUCCAUACUCCUACCAAACUGGCUUUGACUCUUACCAUGAGACUGAAGCUAUCGAGGGGGCUCUUCCUGUAGGACAGAACUCACCACAGAAGGCACCAUAUGGACUCUACGCCGAGAAGCUUUCGGGAACUGCAUUCACCGCUCCUCGACAUGAAAAUCGGCAAACCUGGGUGUACAGGAUCCUCCCCGCAGCCGCCCAUGAGAAUUUCGUGGCCGAGGAUGGUGACUCCUACCACACUCAUAUGACAACUGAAACCCAGAAGCUUCACCACAUUCCUAACCAGCUGCGCUGGGACCCAUUCGACCUGGAUGAGACCGUUGACUGGGUUCACGGUCUUCACCUCAUUGCCGGUUCCGGGGAUCCCACCCUUAAACACGGCCUGGGAAUCCUUCUCUACGCGGCGGGAAAGGACAUGGGAAAGGAAGCCUUCUACUCGGCUGAUGGUGAUUUCUUGAUCGUGCCCCAGCACGGUGUGCUGGACAUCCAGACCGAGCUGGGACGACUCCUGGUUCGCCCGAACGAGAUCUGUGUGAUUCCUCGUGGUGUGAGAUACCGUGUGACUCUUCCUGCAGGACCCGUGAGGGGAUACAUCUGUGAGCUUUACCAGGGCCACUAUCAGCUUCCUGAACUGGGCCCGAUUGGAUCCAACUGCCUGGCCAACAUACGAGACUUCCAAGCCCCGGUGGCUUCCUUUGACGACGAGGAAGAGCCGUCAGAAUAUCGCUUGUACAGCAAAUUCAACAACACCCUCUUCUCAGCACGCCAGAGUCAUACUCCCUUCGACAUUGUUGCCUGGCACGGGAACUACUACCCCUACAAGUACGAUUUAGGUCGCUUCAACACGGUCGGCUCGAUUUCCUUCGACCACCCCGAUCCGUCCAUCUUCACUGUCCUCACUGGCCCGUCCGACCACACCGGCACAGCGAUUGCCGAUUUUGUCAUCUUCCCGCCCCGUUGGCUGGUGGCGGAGAAAACGUUCCGACCGCCAUGGUAUCACCGCAACACCAUGUCGGAAUUCAUGGGACUGAUCUGCGGUGGUUAUGAUGCCAAGACUGGCGGAGGGUUCCAGCCAGCGGGCGCCAGUCUGCACAAUGUCAUGAGUGCCCACGGGCCGGACAAGGAUGCCUUUGAGGGCGCCAGCAAUGCCGAGCUGAAGCCGCAGAAGGUUGGCGAGGGGAGCAUGGCCUUUAUGUUCGAGAGCUGCCUCAUGGUCGGAGUGUCCGAAUGGGGUCUGAAGACCUGCAAGAAGGUGCAAGAGGAGUACAACGCACACAGUUGGCAGCCCUUGCAGAGGCAUUUCAAGAACCCGAAGAAAUCGGUGGACAUCAGACAGGCUGACCAGUAG